CGGGGCGCCCAGCGCGGAGCGGAGCCGGCGGCGGCGGCGGGACGGAGCCACAUGGCGGCCCCGGAGCGACGGGCCUUCGCCCAGCGCAUCAACCGGACGGUGGCCGCCGAGGUGCGGAAGCAGGUGUCGCGGGAGCACGGCGGGUCCCCCCAGCUCUCCAAGAAGCGCAGCGGGUCCCAGCAGUUGGUGCCGCUGACGGAGGUGGUGGAGCCGGUGGACUUCGAGGAGUAUCUGGCUGCCCACCCCCCCGAGCUGGAGCCUGGCCCACUCCGUGACCUGAUCGAGUUCCCCGCCGACGAUGUGGAGGUGGUCCGGGAGCCGCGGGAAUGCCGCACGCUGGAACCGGGGGUGCCCGACGAGGGGAAGCUGGAUGCCCGGGUGCGGGACGCGGUGCAGGUCUACUCGGAGGACUGGCUGGUGGUGCGGAGGAAGUACCAGCGUCUCAGCACCAUGUACAGCCCCAACACGGCCGAGCGGCAGCGCCAGAGACAAAGGGGGCUGCCCCGGCAGGUCUUCGAGCUGGACGAGGCCGCAGAGGAGCCGGAGGAGCUGAAGCGCCGCUCGCCCUCCCUGGACGACACGCCCCGGGGCAGCUGGGCGUCCAGCGUCUUCGACCUGAAGAACUCGGUGGCCGACCCGCUGCUGCCCGCCCUGUUGGAGCACACGGCCAUGGAGGAGCUCGACCGGUGUAACGAGGAGCUGCGCAAGGAGAACCGGCACCCGGAGCUCCUGGCCCUCUUCCCUGCCCCCGACGAGGACGAGGCGGUGGAGCGCUGCAGCCUGCCCGAGGUCCCCCGGGAGCACUUCGGCCAGCGGAUCCUGGUGAAGUGUCUUUCUCUCAAGUUUGAGAUCGAGAUUGAGCCCAUCUUCGGGACCCUUGCCCUGUAUGACAUCAAGGAAAAGAAAAAGAUCUCCGAGAACUUCUACUUCGACCUCAACUCGGAUCAGGUGAAGGGGCUGCUGCGGGCGCCCGGCGGCCACCCCGCCAUCUCCACGCUGGCGCGGUCCGCCAUCUUCUCCAUAACCCACCCCUCCCCUGACAUCUUCCUGGUCAUCAAGCUGGAGAAGGUGCUGCAGCAGGGGGACAUCGGGGACUGCUGUGAGCCCUACAUGGUCAUGAAGGAGACGGACGCAGCGAAGAACAAGGAGAAGCUGGAGAAGCUGCGCGGGGCGGCGGAGCAGUUCUGCAGCCGCCUGGGCCGGUACCGCAUGCCCUUCGCCUGGACGGCCAUCCACCUCCUGAACAUCGUCAGCACCGCCGGGUCCCUGGAGCGCGACCCCGCCGACGCCGAGAGCGAGCGCCGGGGCACCUGGAACGAGCGCAAGCGGAGGACGCUGGAGCGCAUGAGCGCCGGGGAGGAGGUGUGCAGCUUCGCCAGCUUCCGCCCCGCCACCCUCACCGUCACCAACUUCUUCAAACAGGAAGGCGACCGUCUGAGCGCCGAGGACCUGUACAAGUUCCUGGCGGACAUGAGGCGUCCGUCCUCGCUGCUGCGCCGGCUGCGGCCCAUCACAGCUCAGCUCAAGGUGGACAUCUCGCCGGCGCCCGAGAGCCCCCACUACUGCCUCUCCCCGGAGCUGCUGCGCGUCAAGCCCUACCCGGACCCCCGGGUGCGGCCCACCAAGGAGAUCCUGGAGUUCCCGGCCCAGGAGGUCUAUGUCCCCCACACCACCUACAGGAACCUGCUCUACGUCUACCCCCAGAGCCUGAACUUCAGCAGUCGCCAGGGCUCGGUGCGCAACAUCGCCGUGAAGGUGCAGUUCAUGGCGGGCGAGGACCCCAGCCAGGCCCUGCCGGUGAUAUUCGGCAAGUCGAGCUGCAGCGAGUUUACGAAAGACGCCUACACCGCCGUAGUGUAUCACAACAGGUGCCCCGAGUUCUACGAGGAGUUCAAACUGCGGCUCCCGCCCGCCCUGACAGACAAUCACCACCUGCUCUUCACCUUCUACCACGUCAGCUGCCAGCCCAAGCAGAACGCGCCGCUGGAGACGCCCGUCGGCUACACGUGGGUCCCGCUGCUGCAGCACGGCCGCCUGCGGACGGGGCUCCUCUGCCUGCCCGUGUCGGUGGAGAAGCCCCCACCCAGCUACUCCGUGCUCACCCCUGACGUGCAGCUCCCUGGCAUGAAGUGGGUCGAUAACCACAAGGGGGUGUUUCACGUGGAGCUGCGGGCCGUGUCCUCGGUGCACACGCAGGACCCCGCCCUGGAUAAGUUCUUCACGCUGGGCCACGUGCUGGAGGAGAGCCACUUCCCGGUGCGGCUGCGGGACGCCGUGCUGACCGAGAGCAGCGUGGAGGGGGAGCUGCGGGCCAGCGUGGCCGGGCUGCGGGGGGCCGGGCUGGGGCCACUGCUCGCCCACUGCCACCAGGUCCUGGACAAGCUGCUGCUGCUCAUCGCCCGCCCGCCCAUCAUCGGGGGCCAGAUCGUCAACCUGGGCCGCACCGCCUUCGAGGCCAUGGCCGUCAUGGUGAACCAGAUCCACCAGGGACUGGAGGCCAGCCAGGGCCAGCACGGCCACAACCCGCUGCUUGCCGCCUACAUCCACUUCGCCUUCCGCCUGCCCGCCGAGCCGCCGCCAACGGGGGACGAGGCCGGGACGCCGCCCCAGGGGGCUGCCAUCCAAUGCGCCACCCUGUCCCGCGCCACCGGCCGCCCCGCCAGCCUCAACCUGUCGCGCUCCAAGAGCAUCAGCAACAGUAACCCUGACCUGGCCACCACGCCCGGCUCCCCCGACGACGAAGUGCAGCAGAUCUUGGGCAGCAAAGGGAUCGACCGCUCGCACUCCUGGGUGAACUCGGCCUACGCCCCCGGCGGGCCCAGGGCCGUGCUCCGCCGGAACCCGCCCAGCUCCAGCGCUGACCUCAAACAGCUGCUGCACGAGGAACUGGCCCUGCAGUGGGUGGUGAGCACCGGCGCCGUGCGCGAGGCCGUGAUACGCCAGGCCUGGUUCUUCUUCCGGCUGCUGGGGAAGAGCCUGGCCCUGCACCUGCACCAGGCCCAGAAGCUGGAGGUGCCGCGCCGGCUGCGCUUCCCCAGCCGCUUCGUGGACGACAUCGCCGCCCUGGUGGGCACCGUCAGCAUCGAGAUCGCCAGCCGCUACCAGAAGGACGUGGAGCUGGUGGAGCACCUCAACAGCAGCCUGGCCUUCUUCCUCAACGACCUGCUCUCCCUGAUGGACCGCGGCUUCGUCUUCAGCCUCGUCCGCCUCUACUACAAGCAGAUCGGUAGCCGGCUGCCGAGCGCCCAGAACCCCCCCGCCCUGGUGGCGCUGCGCGUGGAUUUCCUGCGCAUCGUCUGCAGCCACGAGCACUACGUCAGCCUGAACCUGCCCUGGCACAGCCUCUCGCCGCCCGCCUCGCCCUCGCCCUCCGUGUCCUCCGCCACCUCCCAGGGCUCGGCCUUCUCCAGCCCGGCGCAGGACCAGCGGGUGGCCGGCAUGUUCGAGCUGUCGGGGCCCUACCGCCGGCAACACUUCCUGGCGGGGCUGGUGCUCACGGAGCUGGCGCUCAUCCUGGAGCCGGAUGCCGAAGGCGUUUUCUUCCUGCACAAGAAGGUGAUCAGCGCCCUGCACAACCUGCUGUGCAGCCACGACGCCGACACCCGCUACGCCGCCCCCCCCGUCCGCGCCCACGUGGCCCAGCUCUACCUGCCGCUCCUCAGCGUCGUCCUGGACGCCCUGCCACAGCUCUACGACUUCACCGAGAACCACAGUCCACGCGGGCGCCUGGUCACCGUGCCGGGGGACGAAGGAGACAGCGACAGCGGCACCAUCAGCCAGUCGGUGGCCAUGGCCAUCGCCGGCUCCCCCCUGCCCCACGCCCACCGGGCCAGCCCCUUCCCGCUGCCGGCAGCCGCCCCCCGGCCGGCCGGCACUCUGUCGGCCGAGGCGAGCCGCACCCUGCUGGCCUGUCUGCUGUGGGUGCUGAAGAACGGGGACGCGGGGGUGUUGCACAGCUGGUGUGCGGAGCUGCCCCCCCUGCACCUCGGCCGCCUCCUCGACCUGCUCUACCUCUGCGUGGCCUGCUUCGAGUACAAGGGCAGGAAGGCCUUCGAGCGCAUCAGCAGCUUGGCCUUCAAGAAGUCGCUGGACAUGAAGGCGCGGCUGGAGGAGGCCAUCCUGGGCACCGUCGGCGCGCGCCAGGAGAUGGUGCGGCGCAGCAGGGAGCGCAGCCCCCUGGGGGGCCAAGAGAGCGUUCGCUGGAGGAAGAACCUCGCCCACUGGCGCCCGAACUCCGACAAGGUGGACAAGAGCCGGGAGGAGGUGGAGCAGGAGGUGCUGGUGGAGGGAAACCUGGCGACCGAGGCCAGCCUGGUGGUGCUGGACACGCUGGAGAUCAUCGUCCAGACGGUGCUGCUGGCGGAGGCCAAGGAGAGCGUGCUGGACGGGGUGCUGCGGGUGCUGCUCCACAGCAUGGCCUGCACGCCCAGCGCCCUCUUCCUGCAGCACUGCUUCGCCUCCCAGAGGGCGCUGGUGAGCAAGGUGAGUGGGGCCCCCCAGCGGGGCCUGACCCGCGCAGCCCCUCUCACCGCCCGUCUCCGGCAGGGCGUCUCGUCCAACGUGCUGGAGGAAUCGGCCGUCUCGGACGACGUGCUGGCCCCGGACGAGGAGGGGAUCUGCUCCGGGAAGUUCUUCACCGAGCUGGGGCUGGUGGGGCUGCUGGAGCAGGCGGCCGCCGCCUUCACCCUGGGCGGGCUGUACGAGGCGGUGAACGAAGUCUACAAGAUCCUCAUCCCCAUCUACGAGGCCAACCGGGAGUUCAAGAAGCUGGCGGCUCUGCACGGCAAACUGCAGGACGCCUUCGGCAAGAUCAGCAGCCAGAGCGCUGGCUGGGAGCGCAUGUUCGGGACGUAUUUCCGGGUCGGGUUUUACGGCAGCAAGUUUGGGGACCUGGACGAGCAGGAGUUCGUGUAUAAAGAACCGUCCAUCACCAAGCUGGCCGAGAUCUCCCACCGGCUGGAGGAGUUCUACGCCGAGCGCUUCGGGGACGACCUGGUCGAGAUCAUCAAGGACUCGAACCCCGUGGACAAGGCCAAGCUGGACCCCAACAAGGCCUACAUCCAGCUGACCUACGUGGAGCCGUUCUUCGACACCUACGAGCUGAAGGAGCGCGUCACCUACUUCGAGAAGAACUACGGCCUGCGCAGCUUCCUCUUCUGCACGCCCUUCACGCGGGACGGGCGGGCGCACGGGGACCUGCACGAGCAGCACAAGCGCAAGACGCUGCUCACCACCUCGCACGCCUUCCCCUACAUCAGAACCCGCCUGCCCGUCGUCCACAAGGAGGAGAUCAUCCUGACCCCCAUCGAGGUGGCCAUCGAGGACAUGCAGAAGAAGACGCAGGAAUUGGCCUUCGCCACCCACCAGGACCCAGCCGAUGCCAAGAUGCUGCAGAUGGUGCUGCAGGGCUGCGUGGGCACCACCGUCAACCAGGGCCCGCUGGAGGUGGCCCAGGUGUUCCUGGCCGAGAUCCCGGACGACCCCCGGCUCUACCGGCACCACAACAAGCUGCGCCUCUGCUUCAGGGACUUCACCAAACGGUGCGAGGACGCCCUGCGUAAGAACAAGGCGCUGAUCGGGCCGGACCAGCGCGAGUAUCACCGGGAGCUGGAACGGAACUACCUGCGCCUCCGGGAGUCGCUGCACCCGCUGCUGAGCCGCCGGAUCCCCCAGCUCUACGCCCCCCUCGUCCCGCGCUCCACCCACCGGUGAGCCCCAGCGCCCGGCCCGGCACGGACACGGAGAGACGUUCCCAGCUGGAAUACACACGGGACGAGAGGAGAAACUGAGGCAGAGAGGAGAUGGGACUUACCCAGGGUCACGCAGGGAAUCCUGUGGCACAGCCAGGAAUGGGACCCAGGAGUCCUGGCUCUCCCCACUACACCCCACUCCCUUCCCUGAGCUGGGAAUCUAGGACUGGCUUGUUCCCUGGGGUCUCUCCACACCCGGCAGUUACCAGGGUCCCCCACCCGCCGGGUAGGGGGGCGGAUUUGGCACAUGUUAAUUUCACCCAGUGGAUUAAUUGGAGG